UUAUGAAUGGACGAGACUGAAAAUACAUUCGACACCGGCGGAGUUGAGUUACAGGGCACGAUGGCUGCGGACAGUGCCUUGCUGCUGUCUCUGGUGGAGGAAUAUGUCUCAGGACUACAGGACAGCAAGGCCAAAGAUACAGCAAAAGGUGUCAAAGAUGGACAGUUUACAGUACUGCAGCUAGUGGAAGCACUGGGACUGAGUCUGACCAGCUCUCAGCCUCACACUCGUGCCAGAGGAGUGCAGCUUCUCUCUGAGGUUUUACAGGAGUGUUAUGGAGGUCUUACUGAGAGAGAAGUGGAAGUGCUCAUCGCCUUCUAUGAAAACCGCCUAAAGGACCAUUACGUCAUCACGCCGCCUGUUUUACAGGGGCUCAGAGCGCUGACAAAAUGUACGGUGUUGCCUCCUGGCUCAGCCGUGUCCAUGCUGAGGUCUUUGUUCCAAGAUGUUCAUGUUCAGUCUUUGAUGCUGGCAGAGAGAGCUUGUGUCUACCACAUGCUCAUCAACCUCAUGGAGACCAGAGAAGCCGAACUAAAGGGUUUGGGCGCAGACUUUGUGUUUGGUUUCGUCCAGUCAAUGGACGGAGAGAGGGAUCCUCGCAACCUCCUGUUAGCCUUCCAGGUUGCCAAGAACAUCAUCCACCGAGGUUAUGAACUAGGUAAAUUCACAGAAGAGCUGUUCGAGGUGACGUCCUGCUAUUUCCCCAUCAACUUCACCCCUCCUCCCAAUGACCCCCACAGCAUCACCAGGGAGGAGCUCGUCCAGAUGCUGAGGGACGUCCUCACUGGGACGCCACAGUUUGCUGAGUUUCUGUUACCUCUCAUCAUUGAGAAGCUGGACUCAGAUGUUCUGAGUGCAAAGCUGGACUCGCUGCAGACUCUGACUGCUUGUGUGUCACAAUAUGAACAUAAGGACUUGGCAGAGUUCCUCGAGGGACUGUGGGUGUCACUGCGCAGAGAGGUGUUUCAGACAUCUAGUGAGAAGAUUGAGUCUGCUGGCCUCGCUGCUCUUACCGCACUCACUUCCUGCCUGUCUCGCUCAGUCCUUAACUCUGACUCUGAAGACUCCCUCUGCACCUUCCUGGAUCUCGUUCUCAAAGACUGCAGACAUCACCUAUGUGAGCCGGACCUGAAGCUCGUGUGGCCCAGCGCCAAGCUGCUACAGGCCGCCUGCAGCGCCUCCAGCAGGGCGAGCCACAUCAUAACAUCGGCUGUCAUGCCCUCUCUCAUCGAGCAGUACAACAGCAAAACAGAGGGUGUUUUCAGCUCUGACAGAGACUAAUGCCAGUCUGCAGAUCACAGCCACCUCUGCGCUCACCUCGCUAGCACAACAAACAGGUCUGCUGCUGGACUCCGAUAUCGAGCUGGCUGUAGAUCACCUGACCAGACUGUUGCUGACGGAGGAGGACAACAGAGUCAGUCUUGCUGUGGUUGAGUGUGUCGGAGCCCUAGCAGAGUUGCACCCAGCAGCCUUUAUCGCUAAACUGAUCCCAAGACUAAAGAAGGAAAUGUUUACAGAGCCAAUGGAUCAAGACAACAACAACAGAGAAGCUUCUGAGCAGCAGACCCGUCAUGCAGUGCGCCAGCGUUGUAUGUCUGCUCUGGCUGCGAUGUCCACCCAACCCAGUGUCGUCCAGGAGAGCACACCUGUCCUCUUGGAGGUCCUGAGCUCAGCACACACAGGUAGUGUUGGUUUCUCAGUGGAGGAGGUGGUGGCGGCGUGUCACAGCCUCCAGAGAAUAGCAGAGCAGGUUCAGGACACAGAGGAGACGGGACGAUGCUUCCAUGACGUCAUCAUCCCGCGCCUGCUGUCUCUGGCUCUCCAGGCAGCACUGCAGGGUGAGGGGUCAUCUGGUCGCCGUAGUCCUCUUUUGGAGGAGGUGGUCCUGUCUGCCAUGGUCCCCGUCAUCAGUACUUCCUGCUCCAGGCUACAGCCCACGUUGGCGGGACAGACGGCGUCGAGGGCUGUGUCUCUCUUCCUGGAUGGUGAUGUUUCCUUUUUACCCGACAACUCCUUCCCUUCACACAUCGGGCUGCUCAAGAAGCAGCAGGGGGACUCAUGGAGCCAGUCCCAGAUGGUUUGUCUGCUCAUGGGAUGUGUGUGUUCGUUACCUCGCAGUGUGGAGGUGCCUCAGAUGGAUCAGCUGCUGUCACAGCUGGAGGAGAUGAGCUGCACCUGCAGCCACCCGCUGUCGUACACCUCGGCUGCAAAGUGCUUCGCUGGCCUGGUUAAUAAGAGAGCACAGGGUGAUUCUCUCGACAGCCUAAUUCAGAGCACGAUGAAGAGAGUGUGUAGUGAGUUGGACUCUGCGUCUUCAUCUCUACGCAUUCAGGCUUUCACCCACAUGAUCUGGGUUGCCAAGGCUCUGCUUCUCAGAUACCACCCUAUGUUCACAGCACUGACUGACAAGCUCUUCUCUCUGCUCGACGACGCUGACCUCGGUGCGAUGGCAGCAGACGGCUUCUCGCUGCUGAUGAGCGACUCUCCCGACGUCCUGAACCGCGAUUGCCACGCCGAUGUUCGUAUCAUGUACCGUCAGCGCUUCUUCAGCGAGAAUUCGGUCAAGUUGGUCCAGGGCUUCAACGCUGCGCCGCAAGAGAAGAAGCCCAACUACCUGAAGGCUCUGUCUAACAUAGUCAACAAACUGCCCAAGCAGGUUCAAGUCACUGAACUACCAGCGCUCCUGUCUCUGCUGUUGGAGGCCUUGUCAUGUCCGGACCGGGGCGUCCAGCUCUCCACCCUGUCCUGUCUGGAGCCUGUCCUUGUCGACCCACCACCAGCGCUCAUACAGCAGCUAGAGGCUCUGGUCGGCAGGCUGCUGCCCCUCACCUCCAGUCCAUCCAUGAACGUAAGGAUCGCCUCAUUGCGGUGCAUCCAUGCUGUUUCCCUCUUCCCCGUUCAUGAGGUGUUGCCGUUUCGGGCCCGAGUGCUGCGAGCUCUGGCCCGGCCUCUGGACGACAAGAAGAGGCUGGUGAGGAGCGAGGCGGUUCAGGCAAGAGCAGAGUGGUUCCUGAUGGGAAGUCCUGGGGGAAGGUGAUUUACUCCUAUCCCAUCUUCCCUAAACUUGGAAGAACACAGAUGAGGGAAGAUCGGACUCCAGGACCAGGUACCAAGUAUCAAAGCUGUGCAGGCCACACAACAGCUCCCUCUCCCGGCCCCACACCCCCCACUCGUCUUUGGAUCUUCCAGAAUCCCUCUAUCCUUCCUACUGUCAUCAUUUCAACCACAAUCCCUCCACCCUUCAUCAUCUCUCCCUUUUUACUGAAAUGUUUUUGUUGCAACUGUCUGUAUCUUCAUAAACGCACAAGUAAGAGUAUAUGGACCGACCGUGGAGCCUUGUCUAAGUUUAAAGAACGAGAGUGAUCAGUUUGUUUAAUAUGUAACACCCCUCAUGUAUGUUGUUUCUCACUGUGUAUUGGAGAAAAAGUAACAUCAGCUUGCAGGGAGGCCUUUGGUUAUUCAUAAUUUGAAAAAAAAAAAAAGUGCAUUCUUUCACAAGAGCCCAAAGUUUUCUCUUUUAGGUUUCCUACUGUGCAGAUCAACAGCUAAAACAAUUCUCCAGCAAUGAUCAUGUAAUCCUAAAGACAUGAAGCACGGUAUUUUUGAAUGUUUAGUGUGUUCAUUUGAAUAAAUGGGAUUAAUCAGUAUUAUCAGUUGAUUUUCUGGCAAUUAACUAACAAAAUAAUCCAAAAAUGGCUACUUAAAAAAAAAAAAAAAA